AUGUCUAAAGAAAAAAGAUCUCACGAUGGUGGGAAUAAUAAUAAUAAUAAUGAUAGAAAUAAAAAAAGAAAAUUCAAAGUGUCAUCUGGCUUUUUAGACCCUGGUACUUCUGGUAUUUAUGCAACAUGUGCUAGAAGAAAGGAACGUCAGGCUGCCCAAGAACUAGGUCUAUUAUUUGAAGAAAAAUUGGAAGAAAUCUAUAAAGAUGAAUUAGCUGAAUUAGAUGCAGCUGACGAUAAUACUGAAGAAGGCGAUAACAAUGAUGAUAAGAAGAAAGGGGAACAAGAAUUGUCCAUUGAAGAUCAAAUUAAGCAAGAGUUAUCUGAACUAAAGGACCAUGAUAAGAAAACUACUCUCACAGGUGAGAAAAAGAAAGACCCUUUACAAUUCAUUGAUUUAGACUGUGAAUGUGUGAUAUUCUGUAAGACAAGGAAACCUAUUGUUCCCGAGGAAUUCCUUCAUAAGAUUAUUGAAAGUUUAGCUGACCCAACAAAUAUGGAGAAGAGAACUAGAUAUGUUCAAAAAUUGACACCAAUAACGUAUUCUUGUAGUGGUUCUAUGGAUCAAUUGAUCAAGUUGGCUCAACGUGUCUUGGCGCCUCAUUUUCAUAAUGCAGAUAAUCCAACUGAAUAUAAAUUUGCCGUAGAAGUUAGUAGACGGAACUUUAAUUCCAUUCCAAAGAUGGAUAUUAUAAAGCAAGUUGUCAUAGAGGCUACUAAAGGUGGCGAAUUGGGUCAUAAAGUUGAUUUAAAAAACUAUGAUAAGUUAAUCUUAAUAGAAUGUUUCAAAAAUAACAUUGGUAUGUCUGUAGUUGAUGGUGAUUACUCGAAGAAGUAUAGAAAAUAUAAUGUGCAACAAAUAUAUGAAGCUAAAUUCAACGAUAAUCAUGAAGAAGAUGCCAAUGAGGAAGUUAGAACUUAA